GAGAUAAAAAAAGUAUGUAAACAAACUUGGUGUAUAAAAUAUUAUGCAAUGUUUCCUCCAUCGCAGUCUGUGAUUGACCAUUUAAAAGGACACAUCGGAGUUAUUUUUUUAGAAAUUCAACUGCAAGAUGUCGGUGUUACAGUCCAUAGUUGUGUUUUUAGUGUCCAUGAUAGUGGUACAAACGAGUGCUCAGGUUAUGUUCCCAGGGGGGUGUCCCAACAUCGAAGCGAUUACCAACUUUGAGCCAGCACGGUAUCUGGGGACAUGGUACGAAGCUGAAAAAUACUUUGCGAUAUUCGAGUUGGGAGGCAAAUGUAUCUCGGCCAAAUACACUGAUAAUGGGAACGGGGUUAUCGGCGUCCACAAUCAACAAGUUAACUCCAAAUUUUUUAAACAAUUCAGAGGUACCAAGUCCGGAAUAGUUGGCGAGGCGAAGCUGACAGGACCAGCGAACAUCGCCAAGCUCAGUGUGCGCUUCCCGUCUCUUCCUGUCGACAUCCCGGCGCCAUAUUGGGUCAUAGACACAGAUUAUGAUAACUACGCUUUAGUAUGGAGUUGUACAAACCUGGGUAUCAUGCAUUCAGAAACCUCCUGGAUCCUGACGAGGGAAAGGAAUCCACCACAAAGUGUUUUAGACACAGUAUACGCUGCCAUCGAAAAGAACAAGAUUGAUAAAACCCACUACAUAAAGACCGAUCAAAGCAACUGUCCCAAGGACGCCUAAUUAUUUUACUAUUAAUUAAGACUAAGUUCCUUGGAGCUAAUAUAACGAUUUGAAAGUUGAAAGUUGUUUACAAAGUAGCCUCUUAGACGUAGUACAACAAAAAGAUUUAUUAUGAGUAAUACAAGACGGCAAUAUGAUUAUUCAUAUUACCAUUUCAAAUUAGAACAAUAAUAAACCUAACAUGGCACUAUCUUUAGUCCACAUUUUAUAAGACUGUACAUCAUAAAACAUAUCACCAUAUAAAAAUAAAAGUAAUAUUUUCAAUUUCCUAACCCUAAAUGUAUUUAUAAUUUGCGUAAACCAAUUUAUUUAAAUAUAAAAUAGUUAUGUAGAAAAUAGCGCUUGCUUCUCAUGGUAUAAACUACAUAUAUUCGGUUUAACGGCUAUCAGCUGACUUUAGAGCGACAUUGUGAUGCUUUUUUUAUACAAAAUUGUAAUUUUUCUAAAAUAAGAAUAAUAGUGAAACAGUUGUUUUAUGCCUUAUUGUACGAUGUAGCAGCGUGCUCGUAUAGAUAAAAGACUUGGAGACUUAAUAGCAUAUUAAUUGUCCUUAUAUUCUGAUGUAUGUAUUUGCCGAUAUUACAACUAAAAGGUUAUUUCAAUACAAAUUAUACAAAUUGUUUUAAUAAAAGCAACGAUAAAAGACUUA